AUAUAUUUGUAAAAUUACUAUUAACAUAAAUUUUAAACAAAUAAUUAAAAUACAUCACAUCCUGUCUUUUCUAUUACUUCAUAAACUAGAGUACACAUCAGAAGGAUAUAAUAUUUUAAAGUCCAUUUAUCAUUCAUUAAUUUUAUGGACUUGUGCGUAAUUUUAUGGUAUUGUUUUAUGGAUAAGAUUCAGAUCCAUCUAACCUCAUGAUGGUGUUUAGAGUAUCAUUAAUAACAUAGAAAAAAACAUUUUAUCAUAAAUUGUUAACCUUCGAAUAUUUUCAUUGUUUUCCUUCUUCCGAUGUCUAGUUAAUUAUUGUAAAUAAAUGUAAACCAAAAUGCUUAGCCAAAGAUUUGCAACAAAAUACGUCAUAAAACAAUUCGAAAAAUUAAUUUCCCCUCUUUCAACUCAAACAAAAAUUGAUGACAUAUCAACUACACAUUUAAAACUCGAUAAUAAUACUAUUGAAAAAUUGUAUAAAGAUGGAAAGAAGAGUGAGAUUAUGAAAAUAUCGAAAUACAGAUUUAUUCGGAAUUCUAUGAUAUUGCAGAAUUUGAAUGUAAGAUUAGAGAAGACCGAGUAUUUGCCACACUGCUUAAGACUCAACCCUCGAGUCUUGAAGAAUAGAAUUCUUGUGCUUAGAGAAGUAGGCAUAAACUCUAUAGAUUUAUCUCAUAUUAGACGGUUUCCAAUAUUAAUGCAAAAAACUGUGAACCAGUUCAAAAAGUUACAUGGCAUUUCAUCUAAUGAAAGUAUUAUGAAAAUUGUAUUUUCUAAUAUAGGCAUGAAAGUUAAUAUGUCUGAUGAUGAAAUGCUAAAAUCAGAGAGUCGUGUGCGAUUUGGUAAUUAUUAUCAAUUAUGUAUGUUAUACCAUAAAACAUAUCAUAUGAAAUUUCAGAAUGAAUUGCUUUAUAAAAGUAACAAAAUAAAAUAUUUAAGUAUUACGGAAAUAUCAAGAAUAAUAGAUGUGCUGACAAAUAAAUGUCAGUUUGAUAUAAAAUUUUUACAACAACACCAUUACCUUCUAAGUGUGGAUGUUGACAACGUUGAAGAAUUUUUAAAUGAAUUUAAAUACACAAAAAUAAAUGAUAAAUAUAUGACUCAAAUAAUAAAAUUAUAUCCCCGAAUCCUGUUUCAUGAUACAAGUAAAACGAAAGCAUUAUUACAAGUUUUCCAGAACUUCAAAAUACCAAAUAAAUCUCUAUCUUCUACAAUGAAAGCUUUACAAAUGGACAAAGAUACGUUCUUAGAACGGUAUAUGUCUAUUGAAAAUAACUUUGAGUUAUCUGUAUGGUUGAAGCAUCCACGAAUUUUGUAUAUGAUUUAUUUGUACAAUUUGGUAAUGAAUCGUUUAACAUAUAUGAAACAUUUAAACUGUAUGAACAAUGCAAAUAUUCACACAUAUAUAUCAAAUAAAAAAUUCUUUUUAAGAUUUGUAGAAGGAGAUACUUGUUUUGCAGCAGCAGGGAAACAUUUAGCAUAUGUUUUGAGGAAAGAACUAGGACAUGACAAGGUUCAUGUUAUAUCUUCUAUUCGAAAACAUCCUCAUUGGAAAUAUGUUUCACUGAUACGCAUCGAUAAAACGAUACAAUAUUUGAAGAAACGUUUUUCAAUAGAUGAUAUAUGUAAAAAUAUUCAUAUUAUACUUUAUUCAAUGUCGGCAAUUGAUAAUAUAUUAAAUUUGUUGUACAAAGAACAUUCCUCACAAGGUGGACAUAAUUAUACUCCUGCACAAUAUUUGGCAUUAUGCUUGUACAAAUUAGAAGAAGAAUAUCAUUUCAACGGGGACGGAAUAUGGCAAACCGACAUAUCGGUUUUCCAAUCAAAAUUUCUGGACAAUAUAUAUGAUCUUAAUAAUCUUGUUGAUUGUAUAAAUAAUAAUGACAACGAAGUAACCAAUUCAAGUGGAGAAGCAUGGCUUGAACAUUUACUACAAUAACACUAAGUGCAUGUGAAAGAUAUAUAAAGGGCUUCUUAGAACAUAACAAUUAAAUAUUUCUAGAAAUAUGAGUAAUGUAAAAUCUGUUAAUAGGCAAAAUUAGAAACUAACUCUUUGGUUCAACAAUUUUAUAUGCGAUAGUAUCAUAAGGAUUUUACAAGAUUACUGACAUUGUUUAAACAACGUAGUACAUAUUUUUUUAUCCAAAAUACAUUUUAAUUGAACCAUAAUCCAUAUUCUAAAACAAACUGAUUUAAAGAUUUGUCUAUUAAUCUUUGCAGUUUAGUUAUACAUAUUUUCAAUUGUCAUGCUUUAUGUGAUUUAUGUAUGUGUAGGUUGCAAUAAAUUUGUUAUUAAUGGAUUGGUGACUAAGUGUU